AUGAAUUUUUCAUUUAAACAUGUCUUCAAUUGUCUAUUUUUUCGACCAUGGCUAGGCGUACCACUGGGUAUAUGGGUAGCGCUCUCCGUUGUUUACUACUGGUGGUUAAUAUCUAGGAUAGAUGUUCUUGAAACAGAAAAUAAAGUCAUUAAAAAACAGCUAUAUGUGAGUGGGGUUCGUGAUUUUUCUGAAAUUGAUAAUAAGUAUUACGUUCCUGAGAUUCCAGAUGCAGCCGGUACAUUAUGUGAAACUGUGCACAUAGCUCUAGUGUGUAUGGGGAAAUGUACACGAAUCAUCACUCCUAUGCUGAAAUCUUUACUGCAUCACCGUCAAACACAAGUACACUUUCAUUUCAUCGUCGGCUCGGGCUCAAUGCAUACGAUAAAUAAGCUCUUUGAAACUUGGGAUAUACCAGAUGUAAAAUACACAUGCUACGACUCCCAAAAUCGCUUAUCAGAAGUGCGUUGGAUUCCAAAUAGUCACUACUCUGGUAUAUUUGCGCUAGUAAAACUACUAUUUCCUAGUAUACUGCCUGAUUCAUUAAAACGAGUCAUAGUACUGGAUUCCGACCUAACAUUUCUCAGUGAUAUCGCCGAGUUGUGGGAUUUAUUUAGAAAUAUGACUGAUGAUCAAUACAUAGGUCUUGUAGAAAACGAAAGUAAUUGGUAUACUAAUACAGGAAAACGGUGGCCAGCUUUAGGCCGAGGCUACAACACAGGUGUUAUGUUGCUAGAUUUAUAUAAAAUAAGACGUAAAAUUGACUGGACGUCAGUGUGGCAUGAAACUAUCAGAGAAAACUUGGAAAUACUUAAAGAAACUACAUUAGCUGAUCAAGAUGUUAUAAAUGCUAUAAUAAAGAAGCAUCCAAAAAUUGUUUACAAUAUAAGCUGUCAAUAUAACGUACAAAUGUCAAUGCAAACGCUCGCUAAGUCGUGUUAUGGUGAAGAUGUGAGGAAUGUUAAGAUAAUUCACUGGAACUCUCCGAGCAAAUAUAACGUUCAUAUACGCGAUUCGGAAUAUUUUAGAAACAUACAUCAGUCUUACGUUAAUUUCGAUGGUAAUUUAUUACGUGAAAAGCUUCAUAGGUGUUCACAAAACGAAGUAGUUACGUAUAAGAUGAAUCAUUCGGACCUUUGCAUCAGUUUUCGCGCAGCUCAACGUGUAAAGCUCCGGACACACUUGUACUACAUGGACUACAGUUAUAUGAACAUAGACGGUUUUGACGUCACACUUGUUCUACAAUUGUCUAUGGAUAGACUGCAGUUUUUAGAGCGAAUCGUUAAACAUUGGGAUGGUCCUUUAAGUGCAGCGAUAUAUUUAUCAGAUUGCGAAGUAACAAAAUUAGAAAGUUUCAUCAGAGAUUGGUCGUCAACUCUGAGUUCGAGGAAUAAUAUUGGCUAUCAUCUGGUUUUUAAGCAGGAUUCGGUACAUUACCCAGUGAACUAUCUCCGUAACGUAGCCCUUGAAAAUGUGAACACCCCAUACGUUUUCCUAAUGGAUGCUGAUUUCGUGCCGAUGGCAGGUCUCUACGAACAUCUCAGAACCGCCCUAAAACUCAUCAACCCUUAUCCACAGAAAAAAUGUUUAGUAGUACCAGCCUUCGAAACCCAAAGAUACCGCGCGUCCCCUCCAAGAUAUAAAGAAGAAUUACUAUCCCGUCUAUCCAUACGUCACACAAAUGGCGAUGUCGGCCCCUUUCGCUAUCGCGAAUGGCCUCGAGGACACCGGGCUACUAAUUAUAGUCGUUGGACUACCGCUACCGCACCUUAUGAGGUAGAAUGGCAAUCUGACUACGAGCCAUAUUUAGUCGUUCACCGCACCGUGCCAAAGUUCGACACGCGAUUUUCAGGCUUCGGUUGGAAUAAGGUAUCCCACAGUGUAGAACUCCGAGCCCAGGGCUACAAGCUGGUGGUAUUACCGGACGCCUUCGUAGUCCACACGCCCCACGCGCCAUCCCCAGACAUCACCGCUUUUAGAGCAGACCCACACUACCGAAUAUGCCUGGCGCUUCUCAAAAACGAAUUUAUGAACGAUCUUAAAACAAAAUAUAACGUAUCGCUCGAUUACAGUAAAACGUAACGGAAACCAAAGAAAAAAUAAACAUUAAAAACAAUACAAAGAAAAGAGGUUUUAAAAUAGAGGCUAUAUUUUAAAUUAUUUAUUUUUUGCCUGUUAUAGCGAGUAAAAUGCAAUUAUUAGAGCAUUAUAGCAAAUUAUUACAGCAACUUUAUUUUUAUUAUAAAUAUUUGUAUUUAAAGUUUAUAUUUUUAUUACACUAUAGUUUUUGUAUUUUUUAUAAAUUUAUUUAAUGUAUUUGAGAGAAGUUUAAGAGUAUUAGUCAUUUAAUUAAAUUAUGUAAGUGAAGCGAAUGCCUUUUGUGUUGAAGAUUAUUUUGAUGCCCGUUUGAAGGCUAUAUAACAUCACGUUACAACCAAUAGGAGCGGAGCAUCAAUAAAAAUACUGUGAAAGCGAUAGAAGUUCUUGUUCUUAGACAUACAUACAAUGCUACUCCUGCUUUUGUCCAAGCAAAGCCGCGGUUCCUACUGACACCUACGGUUGCAAUGCAAAAGUGUCCGGCCAAAGAUAAUUUCCCGAUUAAGUAUAAUUUAAAGGAUUAAAAUGAAAACACAAAUAUACCUUUGCAAAAUAUGUUAUUUAAAAACUUUUUAUAACUAUUCAUAAUUACUUAAAAAGAAAAAGUUGCACUUCGUUAUAAGUGUAGCGAACCUUCUAUUGCACAGUUUAUACACGAAAAAAAAAAAAUUAAAAUUAUUUGUACCAUUAAACAUUUCUCAGCAUACACUCUUAUGCACUCUUGGUGAAGCAUUAAUUUCUAUCUUGAGAGAUAUUUUGCCACUUUUCUUGAACUUUACGCCAAAGUUUUCGCCAAAGUAGUUUAAUUCUUGCCAUCAUUUUUUAGCGAUUUAAGUCUGGAGAUUGACUCCGCCACUCUAAAACCCAGAUCUCUUUACUAUUUUUCCUGUUUUCAAAAUUAAAUUGAGACUGUUAUCUCAACUGCACCGAUCAAUCAAUCUCUUACGUGUGUUCUCCACUCUACGUGACAUUGGUGGAAUCAACCGUGCUUCUCUGGCACAACUGAAAGCCAUUAAACCAAUCAACCAAUCAAUCAACUAGUAAAAACCUGCUGUCAUCGUUGUUUUGGACCAUUGUCUCGCUGAACGAUCCAUCCUCGCGGCAUCUUGUAAUGAGUAUAACAACUUUCUCGUCAGAAUACAUGACAAAAAUGUCUAGAUAAAUAUCGUAUAGUCAUAAUUUCGACAGAAAUAUGUUUAAUAAUAAAAUAACCUAAGAAACUGUUAUCAAACACUGUAGUUAUCAAACGAUUAGUCAACGUAUGUAUAUAGAUUGUACUUUUUAUUUUUUAUAAUUUUAGUGGAUUUAUUAAAAGUAUUAUUUACAAAA